CUGGGAGGCCUGGCCCAGGGGAGGGGUGGCGGUUCGUUAGUGGCGUUGGGCUCCGGCGGCGGUGGCUUCACAUUGUCUUCUAUUCACGGGGAGCCGCUCAGGCUGGAGGCCAGCCAGCUGUUGCCGCCGCCUCGGUCGCGAUGGGGGCGCAGGACCGGCCGCAGUGCCACUUCGACAUCGAGAUCAACCGGGAGCCGGUUGGUCGUAUUAUGUUUCAGCUCUUCUCAGACAUAUGUCCAAAAACUUGCAAAAACUUCCUUUGCCUAUGCUCGGGGGAGAAAGGCCUUGGGAAAACAACUGGGAAGAAGUUAUGUUAUAAAGGUUCUACAUUCCAUCGUGUCGUUAAAAACUUUAUGAUUCAGGGUGGGGACUUCAGUGAAGGUAAUGGAAAAGGUGGAGAAUCAAUUUACGGUGGAUAUUUUAAAGAUGAAAACUUUAUUCUCAAACAUGACAGAGCGUUCCUUUUGUCAAUGGCAAAUCGAGGGAAACAUACCAAUGGUUCCCAGUUUUUCAUUACCACAAAACCUGCUCCACACCUGGAUGGCGUGCAUGUUGUCUUUGGACUAGUUAUUUCUGGUUUUGAAGUAAUUGAACAAAUUGAAAAUCUGAAAACUGAUGCUGCAAGCAGACCUUAUGCAGAUGUGCGAGUUAUUGACUGUGGGGUACUUGCAACAAAAUCAACAAAAGAUGUUUUUGAGAAAAAAAGGAAGAAGCCAACUCAUUCAGAAGACUCGGAUUCCUCCUCUAAUUCCUCUUCCUCUUCAGAAUCAUCUUCAGAAAGUGAAAUUGAGCAUGAGAGAAGCAGAAGAAGGAAACAUAAGAGGAGGCCAAAAGUUAAACAUUCUAAAAAGAGGCGAAAGGAAGCAUGCAGUUCAGAAGAACCAAGGACUAAACAUAUAGUGAGCCCAAAAGGUUACUCUGAAAGGAGUAAUACCAAAGAAAAAAAGUUCAUUGAUUCAAAUGCUAAAAGAGAAAAGCCUGUGGUCCGCCCAGAAGAGAUUCCUCCAGUGCCUGAGAACCGAUUCUUACUGAGAAGAGAUAUGCCUGUUGUCACUGUGGAACCUGAACCGAAGAUUCCUGAUGUUGCACCUGUGGUAACUGAUCAGAAGCCAUCUGUAUCAAAGUCUGGGCGGAAAAUUAAAGGAAGGGGCACAAUUCGCUAUCACACACCCCCACGAUCAAGAUCCUGUUCUGAAUCAGAUGAUGAUGACAGCAGUGAAACUCCUCCUCACUGGAAAGAAGAAAUGCAGAGAUUAAGAGCAUACAGACCACCUAGUGGAGAAAAGUGGAGUAAAGGAGAUAAGUUAAGUGACCCCUGUUCUAGCCGAUGGGAUGAAAGAAGCUUGUCCCAGAGAUCCAGAUCAUGGUCCUAUAAUGGAUAUUAUUCAGACCUUAGUACAGCAAGACACUCUGAUGGUCACCAUAGGAAACACAGAAAAGAGAAAAAGGUUAAGCAUAAAAAGAAAACUAAAAAGCAGAAACAUUGCAGAAGACACAAACAGACUAAGAAAAGAAGGGUUAUUGUACCAUCUGACGUAGAAUCCUUAAAAUCUUCCUCCCGACGAAUGAAAUCCUCUUGUGAUAGAGAAAGGAGAUCUCGUUCUUCCUCAUUUUCAUCUCAUCACUCAUCAAAGAGGGACUGGUCUAAAUCUGAUAAGGAUGACCAGAGUUCUUCAGCCCAUUCCAGCAGAGACUCAUACAGAUCAAAAUCUCACUCACGGUCUUACUCUAGAGGAAGCUCAAGAUCAAGGACUGCUUCAAAAUCCUCAUCACAUUCUCGAAGUAGAUCAAAAUCCAAAUCCAGUUCCAAGUCAGAGCACCAAAGGACAGCAUCAAAAUCACCAAGAAGAACAGUCUCUCAUUUAAGUGAAAAUAAACUAGUUAAAACAGAACCUUUAAGAACAACAGUGCCACAAACCGAAAAUGUAGUAGUACAACCAGUGGUGGCAACAGAAAAUAUUCCUGUAAUACCACUGAGCGACAGUCCACCCCCUUCACGGUGGAAGCCUGGACAGAAACCCUGGAAGCCCUCUUAUGAGCGAAUUCAGGAAAUGAAAGCCAAAACAACCCAUUUGCUGCCCGCCCAAAGCACUUACAGUUUAGCAAAUAUUAAAGAGACUAGUAGUUCAUCAUCCUACCAUAAAAGAGAAAAAAACUCAGAAAGUGAUCGGAGUGCUUAUUCAAAAUACAGCGAUAGAAGUUCAGAAAGUUCACCACGGUCAAGGAGCAGAUCUUCUAGGAGUAGAUCUUACUCCAGAUCGUACACAAGGUCACGUAGUCUGGCUAGUUCACGCUCACGGUCUAGGUCUCCAUCAUCUAGAUCACGUUCACGAAAUAAAUACAGUGAUCAAUCACAGUGUAGUAGAUCAUCUUCAUAUUCUUCAGUUAGCAGUGAUGAGGGGAGACGAGCCAAGCGAAAAUUUAGAUCCAAUGGGAAAAAAAAUAGCACUUCAAAUAAAAGGCAGAGCAGCAGCUUUGAAAAGACACAUCGUCAUAAAUAUGUCAAAGGCAGACGCAAGUCUUCAUGUCAGAGCAAGUAUAGCGAAAGCAGGUCAUCUUUAGAUUAUUCUUCAGACAGUGAACAGUCAACUGUUCAAGUUACACAGUCAGCCCAGGAAAAAGAGAAUCCGGUCCAAAUAGAAAUAACUAAGAAUAAACAAGAAAAGAACAGAGAAGAUGAGAAGUCUAAGCCAGAACGGGAAUGCCCUCAUUCAAAAAAAAGAACAUUGAAAGAGAAUCUUUCUGAUCACUUUAGAAAUGGCAAUAAGCCCAAAAAGAAGAAUUAUGCUGGGAGCAAAUGGGACUCUGAGUCAAAUUCAGAACGAGAUAUAACCAAAAACAGUAAAAAUGUUUCCCGGCUAUCUUCUGAUAAGGAAGAAGGUGAGGCCACUUCAGAUUCUGAAUCAGAAUUUGGUGAAAUUCACAUCAAAGCCAAAUCCACAACAAAGUCUUUAGCAAAUACUUCACUGCCUGAUGGCGAUGGUGCUUGGAAACCGAGCAAACAGCGGCUAUCGACUUCAGAUUCUGAGGCGUCCUAUUCCAAUUCAGAAAACAAUAGAGAAAAGCCACAGAAGCAUAAACGUGGGUCAAGGGAAAAUCUUAAAAGGGAACACACCAAAAAAGUAAAAGAAAAAUUGAAAGGGAAAAAAGAUAAGAAGCACAAGGCUCCAAAACGAAAACAAGCAUUUCACUGGCAGCCUCCACUAGAAUUUGGUGAAGAGGAGGAGGAGGAGAUUAAUGAAAAGCAAGUCAGUCAGGAAUCAAAAGAGACAAAACAAGUUUCCGAAAACAGUGAAACCAUAAAAGAGGAUAUUUCUAAAACAGAAAAAUCCUAUGAAGAUGGCAGCCUUUCGGGUAACCAUAACGUAACAAGAAUUUCAUCAGAUCUUGAAAAGCUUACUAAAGAUAAUAGUAAACUUGACAUUUCUCCCACAGUUUUAAAUACUGAGGAAAAUGUAGUAAAUUUUCCCCAAAACGUUCAGCAUAUUGAAGAGAGUGUCCCAAGCGGAGUGGAGGAUGUGCUUCAAACAGAUGAUAAUAUGGAAAUUUGCACUCCCGAUAGGAGUUCCCCAGCAAAGGUAGAAGAGGCUUCCCCUCCAGGAAAUACAAGAUUUGAUACCCCAGAUAUAGGCACUGUUCUAACACAGGAUACUCAGAUGGAACAUCCGGAGGCAGAAGUAGUGAAACAGGAAAGUGGCAUAUCUGAAAGCAAAAUGAUGGGUGAAGUGGGGAAGCAGGACAGCAGUUCUGCCAUCUUGGCUAUUGCUGUAGAAAGUACUGUGAAGAGGGAGGUAGCUGAGAAGAGCCUGGUCAACCUCAUGGAUAAUAAAUGGAAGCCCCUGCAAGGCGUGGGGGACCUGGCAGCACCUGCUGCUCCCACAUCCAGUGCUGUGGAAGUUAAGGCUUUGACUGCUGUGCCUGAAAUGAAGCCACAAGGCUUGAGAAUAGAAAUUAAGAGCAAAAACAAAGUUCGGCCUGGUUCUCUCUUUGAUGAAGUAAGAAAGACGGCUCGUUUAAAUCGGAGGCCAAGAAACCGGGAGAGUUCAAGUGAUGAGCAGACACCUAGUCGGGAUGGUGGUAGCCAGUCCAGGAGUCCAAGUAGAUCUCGAAGUAAAUCUGAAACCAAAUCAAGACACAGAACAAGGUCUGUCUCCUACUCAAGAAGUCGGUCUCGAAGUUCCACAUCCUCUUAUAGGUCAAGAAGCUACUCAAGAAGUCGGAGCAGAGGAUGGUACAGCCGAGGUCGCACAAGGAGCCGGAGCAGUUCCUACCGCAGUUACAAAAGUCAUAGGACGUCCAGCAGGAGCAGAUCCAGGAGCAGCUCGUAUGAUCCCCACAGUCGGUCCAGCAGGUCCUACACUUACGAUAGCUACUAUAGCAGGAGUCGGAGUCGAAGUAGAAGCCAGAGAAGUGACAGUUACCACCGAGGCAGAAGUUACAAUAGGCGGUCCAGGAGUUGUAGAUCUUACGGCUCUGACAGUGAAAGUGACCGAAGUUACUCUCAUCACCGGAGCCCAAGUGAAAGCAGCAGAUAUAGUUGAAAAUGUCUUUUUAUAUAUAUAUACUAAUUAUAUCUUAUUUGUAAAUAUCUGGUGACUUAAAAGUUUAAGAAACCUAAUGGCGGUCUUUUGUUCUAUUUCAAUAUUAGAGUUGAAUUUCAAGGAUAGAUACACUUUGUAGUUGUUACUUGUUUAUUUACAUGUGCGCAGAAGUAUUUAAAAUACACAGAUAUGUCUCCUAGAAAUAUUUUUAUCCACAUUUUACAGUAGCUAACUAUGGAAAUAUUUCAUUUUCUUGAAUCAAGAAAUCAUGAAAUUUAUCAAAGGAUAAUUUUGACUAUUAUUUUAGAUAGACUCUUUUUUCUCCAUCUCAUAUUUUCCUAAGAAUCCUCCAGAUUCUUUUUGCCUGCUUUUCAGGUUUUAGCAUAUAUACUGCCAAGCUUAGAGCUGUGAAGAACUGUUAAAAGCGGCCAAAUAUUUAUAUACACAUUACACAGAGUCUUGUACAUAUGUGUUCCUAAAAACAAACCACCCAGAAGUGAUACUGAUGGUAGCCAGGAGUAUAAGGCAGUGGCUCUGGAGUUCUUAAUUUAUUACUUACCUCUUUGCUGUCUCAGAGGAUCAGGAAAGUGGUCAUCUGAAUACAGCCCCCUGUCUGCGCUACUUCAGGCUAGAGGGCACUGUUAAGGAGAAUAAAUCGGCCUUAACUGUAAAUACCUGCACUGUCCCUAAGGACUUAAUGUUUUAUGUGCUUUUUAAUAAAUACUAUCAGAAGUUCAGAUUCUGCAAUUCUAUUCCAGUUCAUGCUUUGGUGCUUGGUACCUUUUGGUGCCUCUUUAAGCAUUGUUCUUAUAUACCAUACAUUAGAAACCAUAAGAGAAAAGUAAAUUUUUUUUUUUUAAUUCACUGGCACCAAAAAUGGUUCCCUCUGAGUUGCCUCCACUUUGACUGUUUUGGGGGGCUCCUCCCAAGCACAGAGGUGGGCCAGGGGCCCCCUAGAGCAGGCAGGAUUGCCAUAAUGGGUUGAGUGGCCACCCUCUUUUGCUGCACAUAACUGAUGUGUGUGCCUCUGGAAUAGUGGAUUGAGGAAAAUCACUGAAAUCGAAUUUGCCACUGUCCUGGAGACAUUUUGCAGGGCUUUCAAGACAGGGCUAUACCGCAGCAGUGAUGCAAGUGGUCUGAGCACCAACAUGCUUUUCCUGCUUCCACCAUGACCCAGGCUGACUCCAUGGAGUCUGGCACAACAUGAGUAAACCUAGGACAGCAGACAGGGGAAGACAGGUGUAGAUACUACAUAAAUUACACAUUUUCAAGACUUUGGGUAGUUCCUCCAAAAUUAAUUUGAGCUGUAAAAACUGGUGUGUAUUUUUAAUCUUUAGUUUGAUUUUUCCCCCAAGUGUACUUAAUCACCACAGUGCCAGUUUAAUCCAUUUAUGCAGAAGAAAUUCAUAUUGGAUGUUUCACGUAGAACUCUAUGCCUUCCUACCCCAGGCCUUGCCUGGUGUAUUUGGGCAGUGGGAAAGAGUCGUCAUUUGGAGGGUUUUGACAGCCUUUGAUGAUGGAGAGCUGACCUGGGACAUAUUAAAACCAUCACCUGUAUAAAAAGGUGCGUAAACGGAUAGGUGGUCAGUUGUUUCCCAAAUUGAUAGUACAUUAUAAAAUAGGACUUUUAAGUCAAACAAAAAAUACUUUCUAUUGAAUACAAAACAACAUGACUGAUACCAAGAGUUUUCAAAAGUUACCUGCAAAGGAGAAUAUUGCUUUAAUAAUACUCAGUAGGGGAAAAAAAAUUCAGAAUCCAAACAGAAAACUGCCAGAUAUACUUAAUUAGGUUAAGAAAAGUUACCCUUGGGCAAAUGUAUUCGUUUUCUAUUGCCAUGUAACAGAUGACCUCAAACUAGUGGCUUAAAACAAUACCCACUUCUGUAGGCCAACAGUCUGGCAUGGUAUGGCUGGAUUUUCUCCUCAGGGUCUUACAAAGCUGAAAUCAAGGAUGGGCAGAGCAACAUUCCUUUAUGGAGUUUCUGAGGAAGUAUCUGCUGCCAAGUUCAUUCAGAUUUUUGGCAGAAUUCACUUAAUUGUGGCAAGAGGACUGAGUUUCCCGUUUCUUGCUAGCUGUCAGCCGGGGCUUCUGAGCUCUCUAAGCCACCGCAUUUCUUCUUGCAUGGUCUCCUCCAUUUUCUAACUAGCAAUGGGCUGUCAAGUCCUUCUCACACUUCAAAUCUCUCUGCCUUUCUCCUCUGUUUUAGGUGUUCAUAUGAUUAGAUCAAGCCCACCCAGAUAAUCGCCCUAUUUUAAGGUUCAGCUAUGCCAUAUAACAUAACAUAAUCACAGGAGUGAUAGCUCAUCCUAGUCACAGAUUCUGGGGAUUAAGGUGUGGAAUGAGGGUUGGGUGGGGGUGAUGUUUAGAAUUCUGCCAAUCACAGGAGUAACUUUGCCCAGCCCAUUCAGCUGUGGGUGGAAUUUUGUCCUGAAAAGGUACCUUCCCCCAUCCCCCAGCCUCAUUCAUUUUCUCCAUGGAAAAGUACAGCCCUCAGCUGUAUCAUUCAGCUUGUGUGUUUAUUGAAGUGAACUCCAGAAAUAGCUUUCUUUUCCUAAAGAGGAUUGUUCUAUAUUUUGAAGUUAUUUUUGAAUAAAAUUGAAUUAUGUUGUGUAUUGUGUUUCUUAAUAGAAAAUGCAUUAUUGGGCUGUUUUUAUAAUGUCCUGUUUACUGUAAAUGAAAUAUGAUAGUUGGUAGUGUUCAGAACUGUAGAAAAUACUUUCAUACCUAUCAACAAUGUCUAAUUUGUAUACGCUUCAAUUUCCCUACAACUUGAAAGUGGGACCUUGUAGAUAUUAAAAUACAUACUUAGUCUAAGUCUGA